AUGAACUCCAGCAACAGCGAUGAUAGUGAUGAUGACUGUGAGGAAGAUGAUGUGUUAGAGCGCAGGGAACAUGUGGAAGGCGACGAUGAACUCCCGGAUGAUGUGCUGAAACUAGUGGACCAAACAUUCGUAGCCUCGCUCUGUGGAAGUCUGUCUAUUGCCAAUAUCGACAAGGAUGCCUUGCGCCUGACGAAGUGGGGUGAACCGUCCUCUCUGUUCAACAUAAGUAGGCCGAGCUACCAGGGGCUUUCAAGUUACGGAGCGAUUCCUACGCACGAGCUACGGGAAAUGGCAACUACACCACUAGGGUUACUGUUCUACUUCAUGCCAAAGCAGUUGUGGGUCACCAUCGCGACUGAAACCAACCGCUAUCGAGCCCAGAACAUUGAUUCCGAAGCCAAGAAAAUUUGUGCAAGUCAGAGGCGUAGCAACCGUGUCGCGUUACCAGAACACUUUUGCAGAUACGAAGGCGUCUGA